AUGGCAGGUAUUUACAAUGGAGUUCAAGCUUUGAUAAAACAGAAUAAUCCACAAGCAAUUUUCAUUCCUUGCUCUGCUCACAGUUUGAACUUAUGUGCAGUACACGCUAUUGAAUCAUCGGCUUCUGCAAAAUCCUAUUUUGGAAAUAUUCAAAAGCUAUACAAUCUGUUCAGCAGCAACCCAGUUCGUUGGAAAGUUCUUCAGGAGGAGACAGGCCAAUCAUUACAUAAACUUUCUGUUACACGAUGGAGUUCAAGGAUUGAAUCAGUUAAGCCACUAGCAAAAAAGCCAAGAGAGAUCUUGAAAUCAUUACAUCGUCCAAAAGAGUUAGACCUUUCAGGCGAAAGUAGUAAUGAAGUGCAUUAUCUCAUUAAAUGGAUGAGUUCUUUUGAAUUUGUUGUUUUCACUACUUUUUGGUUUAAAUGUUUGAUGGCAGUUAAUAACGUGAGUCUUCUGCUUCAAUCCACUCAACUCACUCUCGAUGAUGAAGUAAAGAUUCUAAAUGGCUUUUUGAUGGAUCUGGAUCGAAUCCGUCUGUCUUGGGACCUGAUUUUGAUAGAGGCAACAGAAGUUGCAAAGAACUUGAAAUUUGAUAAAAUAAUGUUUACUGUGAAGAGAACGCGAAAAAAGAUCGUCUUAGAUGAAACUGCUGGUUACAACCACGAAGAAGCAACAAAAAAAUUUGAGUGUAAUGUCUUCAAUAUUGCACUCGACAAUCUGACUAGUCAAAUGAGAUCAAGAUUUAAAGUAAUAGAAGAGGAAUGUAGCAAGUUUUCUUUCCUUUGGUCUUUACAGAAAUCUCAAACAGACCAAGAACUAGGUUUAAAAGCUGAGAAUCUGGCUAAACUUUACCCAGAAGACUUAUGUAAAAACGAAUUUUUUGAUGAAGUUCGGCAUUUUUUUUCCGUAAGAAGAAAUAUUCUAGCCAGCGAAAAGCCUGUCGAACUUCUAAAUGAAGUUUAUGCAAAGGGGCUGCAUUCAAUAUUUCCGCAAGUGUGUGUUUCUCUUAGAAUCUUUCUAACAUUGCCCGUUUCAACAUCUGAAGGAGAAAGAUCUUUCAGCAAGUUAGCUAUCAUCAAAGGUUAUCUUCGUUCCACAAUGGGCCAGGAGCGAUUGUGCUACUUGAUGAUCCUUUCAAUCAAAUCAGAUUUAGCCAUUAACGUUAAUUAUGAAGAAGUUAUUUCAAAUUUUGCUGCUAAGAAGAAACUAUAUUAA